UGGUUCUACUUUACCGGCAGUGUAAAAUGAGCACCUCCCAAUGUGACUAAGAAGAAAGUGCAAAUUGUAAUCUUAAUUUAAAUAAAUUGAUGUAGAGUGGUGUGAAGAUGAUUUUACUAGAAAUUAAUAAUAGAAUAAUAGAAGAAACUUUAACAGUUAAAAUUAAAAACGCACAAAACGGCGUAAAACCUGAGUCAAUUGACGUAACAAUAGCAGAUUUUGAUGGAGUUUUGUACCAUAUUUCCAACUUCAAGAGCGAUAAAUCAAAAGUUACGGUGAGUAUAUCGCUUAAAUUUUAUGAAGAACUCAAAGAACACGGUGCAGAUGACUUGUUGAAGAGGGAAUAUGGGCAAUACUUGAUUCCACCAGAAGAUGGUUACAAUGUUUCUCUUUUAAUAGAUUUAAAAGAUAUUCCUACCAACUGGACAGAAUUAGUGAAGAAAAUAGGCUUACUUAAACGGAAUUGUUUUGCUUCUGUUUUUGAAAAAUAUUUCAAUUUCCAAGAGAAUGGAAAUGAAGAUAAUAAACGUGCAGUGAUACAUUAUCGUACUGAUGAAACAAUGUACGUAGAAGCAAAGUCUGACAGAGUGACUGUAAUUUUUUCAACUCGUUUCAAAGACGAAAACGACAUAGUUAUUGGUAAAGUAUUUAUGCAAGAGUUGAAAGAGGGCCUGAAGGCAUCUCAAACUGCCCCUCUUGUUCUAUUUAGUCAUCGAGAGCCUCCGAGAGAACUUCAAAAUACAGAUGCCAAAGUAGAUAAUAACGUUAGUUAUGUUACAUUUGUGUUAUUUCCCCGUCACACGUCCAAAGAAGCGAGGGAUAAUACAAUAAAUUUAAUUCAUAUGUUCAGACAUUACUUGCAUUAUCAUAUUAAGUGUUCCAAAGCGUACAUACACAGCCGAAUGAGAGCAAAAACAACAGAGUUCCUUAAAGUCCUUAACAGAGCUAGACCGGAAAGUAAAUCAACAGAUAAAAAGACAAUUAGUGGCAGGACUUUCUUUAGAAAGGAUUGAUGAGACCUUUUAAAGUCGCUCAAAAAGAAAUUUAGUUGAUAUUAAACUAACUGCCCAUGUUGAACAGAUUAGAGCGCAAACCUCCCACAUUGGUUCUGUUCAAUUUUUAAUUUUUUAUUUUAUUUUUUUUAAUUUUUUUAAAUUUAGUUUCAUUGCGAUUUCAUUUUCAUUUUUUUUUUCUAUGUAUAAACGUUAACUAAUACAUGAUUUUAAAUUGCCUAACACAUUUUUAUUACUUACUAUUAUAAUAAUUAAUUAUUACCUGUAAAAAGUAUUCUUUUUGUAAGUACGACGAAUAACGUAUUGUAAAACAAAAUAGUGUUUCAUGAUCAGGAUCGUUAAAAUACAACAAUUUUAUACAGAAGUCACG